CGAGUUGUUGCUAAAAAAAAAAUACACACACACAAACACAGUAUGUGGUCCAAGAUUGCCAUUGUCGGCGCCCUGACCAUGAUGGGCGGUGUGCUCUACUCGAGCGUUGUGGACAACUUUGCGUAUGUGGAUCGAUCCCUGGACGUGGCCAUGCCCAGGGCGAGGCGUCAUGUGGAGCAGCCAUCGGAGUAAUCGGCGCAUGAGGGGAGUGGGAUGGGGAUGAUGGAAGUCAAGUGAAGUGGAGUGAAGUGAAGUGAAGUGCUUGGCCAGUGGAUUCGCUUGCAACUAGUUCACUCCGUGUUGUUGCUGCAACCAAAUGAACUAGUUCAUUAAGUCCUCCAACAG